CACACCCACUUUCACUUUCACUUUCGUUUGACUUUGGACCCUUUAGUUUGACACAGUGCUAUUGGAUCGAGGGCUUACUGUUUGUGGUUUUAUCUUCACAUUGUACAUGCUGCUAAAAUGUGGGUAUUAUGAGUGCACCUUUCCAAUAUUGUAAUUAAUAUUUUAACGGGGAUUUUGGAUUGAAUGGAUAUCAUUUUCAACAAUGGCAAAUGUACAUGCUGAUGAAAACCACAAGUUUUCAAAAUACAUCUACAAAAAUCAAGGAUAUCUUUUUAUUGAGGAUAUACAACUAAAGACACUGCAAACUGAACUUGAAGCCAAAAUACAAGCCUUACCUAGUCCAGUGUUUGUUUACAGUAAGGCUCAGCUAUGUGACAAUGUGAACGAAUACAAGAAUGCAGCUGAUGAACUUGAAUCAAAAUCAAUGCUGGGAUAUGCAAUCAAAGCUAAUCCAAACUAUAAGAUAUUAACACUCCUGAAGGAGAUGGGUUGCACUGGGAUAUGUGUCAGUGGAAAUGAAUUGAAAUUAGCAAUAAAAGUUGGGUUUGAACCCACAAAGUUGGUACUCAAUGGAAAUGGAAAAAAUCUUUGGGAGAUAGAACUGGCAGUAAAAGUGGGUGCACUGAUAAAUAUUGACAGCGAGGAUGACUAUACGAGGAUAUCACAAAUCUCUGGUGUUCUCAAGUUGAAGUCCAGAGUCCUCCUCAGAGUCAACCCUGACAUUGAUCCACAAGUCCACCCUUACAUUGCAACAGGAACAAAGGAGUCCAAGUUUGGUAUUGAUGAAUCAAGUGUUCAGUGCAUCAUGACUAAAAUACAGCAAGAUGUCUUCGUGGAGGUCGUAGGCUUCCAUAUACAUCUAGGCUCCACAAUAGACAAUGUCACAAUAUUCAGGGAUGUUGCAGAAUAUCUUCUAAAAAUGUGUAAGAAUUACAAGGAGCAGGGUUUCAAGAACUUACAAUACAUCAACAUUGGGGGUGGACUAGGUAUUGACUACACCAAGCAUGCUCAACAGACAAAACCAAACAACAACAUCAACGUAGAAGAGAAGCAAGAAAUGCCAUCUCCUUCUGAUUUAAUCAAGUCCAUUAAAGACAUCCUUGAUAGUUCAAAGUACACAUUGAUAUUAGAGCCUGGUCGUUCAAUGGUGGGAAACACUGGCCUACUACUCACCAAAGUGAUUGGAGUCAAGAAAUCUAAUACAUGCAGGAAAAAAUUUAUUGUGGUUGAUGGAUCAAUGACAGAAGUGAUGAGACCAUGCUUGUAUUCAGCCUACCACCACAUAGAGCUCACUGAACCACCACAUAGUGAAUCUCCGCAUUGUGAACCACCAAAUGGUGACACACUGGGAGAGCACACUGAGGAUGUUUAUUAUGUGGUUGGACCUGUAUGUGAAUCAGCUGAUUUUCUUGGAAAAGACAGGCGCUUGGCAACACCAGCUAAAGGAAGUGGGCUAGUAGUAUUUGAUGUUGGUGCCUACUGCAGUAGUAUGGGAUCUAACUAUAAUAUGAGGUGCAGACCUGCUGAAGUCCUGAUAGAUGGCGCUGCAUGGAGUAUUAUCAGGUCACCAGAGACAUUUGACGAUUUGUUACGACCAUAUUUGGAUGUUAAAUAAAUUCAUAGCAUUACCAUAAUUAGUUCUUAAAUAAAAGUCAUUUCCCAAAUUUUCCCUCUAAAUGUAGUUUCAAU